UCUGGAGCAGACAAAGAGAGUGUAUGUGCACGAGAGAGAGAGAGAGAGGGCGAGAGAUCCCAUCAUCCUUCCUGGUGGGAGGUUUGAGAUGAGCUGCGCAGACCCGUCCGCUACCGACGCAUCUUCCUGGCCUGCCCCCCUCUCUCUCUCGCUCUCUCUCUCCCUCCCGCUCGCUCCCUCUCCCAGUCUCUCUCUUUCCUCCUUUUCUGUCUGCCACUAGCCUACCUGAAGGGAAGUGUACAAAGCCGAUAAGAAAAUCUGGCGUGCCGGCGGGGCCCUGUGUGCGCUAUGCUGCGGUAAAAGGGCCGCUAUUUGCGGUGUUCACAGGGGAUGUAGAGAAGAACAGAGGCGCCGCUCUCCCUCACGGACCGCGCCGUGUCUGCUUUUGCUCUGCCCAGCCCGCCGCAUCGCUGAGCGGCCUAUGAAGCACACAAGAUGUCGACCAGAACGCCAUUGCCCACAGUGAACGAGCGUGACACCGAGAACCACUCUUCGGUGGACGGCUUUGUUGAACCCCAAGCCCCCCCAACAAAGUCCGCGAGUCGUCACAGCCUGCCACGAUGCCGCAACUCUUUCACCUCCACAGAGGAGCACCCUCACAUUGGCAAUUACCGCCUCCUCAAAACCAUUGGGAAGGGGAAUUUUGCCAAAGUGAAGCUGGCACGACAUGUCCUGACUGGACGAGAGGUGGCGGUGAAGAUAAUAGACAAAACCCAGCUGAAUCCAACCAGCCUACAGAAGCUCUUCAGGGAAGUCAGAAUAAUGAAGAUUUUGAAUCAUCCAAAUAUAGUGAAAUUGUUUGAGGUGAUUGAAACAGAGAAGACUCUUUAUUUGGUGAUGGAGUAUGCCAGUGGUGGUGAAGUGUUUGACUAUCUAGUGGCUCACGGCAGAAUGAAGGAGAAGGAGGCCAGAGCCAAGUUCAGACAGAUUGUGUCUGCAGUGCAGUAUUGUCACCAGAGGAGGAUAGUACACAGAGAUCUAAAGGCAGAGAACCUGUUGUUAGAUGCAGAUAUGAACAUCAAGAUAGCUGAUUUCGGCUUCAGCAAUGAGUUCACUGUGGGCAGCAAACUGGAUACUUUCUGUGGCUCUCCGCCAUACGCUGCUCCCGAACUCUUCCAGGGGAAGAAGUACGAUGGUCCAGAGGUGGAUGUCUGGAGUCUAGGGGUUAUCCUCUACACACUGGUCAGCGGCUCACUGCCCUUUGAUGGACAGAACCUAAAGGAGCUGAGAGAGAGAGUCCUGCGAGGAAAGUACCGUAUUCCCUUCUACAUGUCCACAGACUGUGAAAACCUGCUAAAGAAACUGCUCGUGCUCAAUCCCGUGAAACGAGGCAGUUUGGAGCAAAUCAUGAAAGACCACUGGAUGAAUGUAGGUCAUGAGGAGGAGGAGCUUAAACCUUACAUCGAGCCUGAGGCGGACUUCAGUGAUUCAUCUAGAAUAGAGCUCAUGGUGACGAUGGGUUUCCCUAAAGAUGAGAUCACCGAUUCCCUGCAGAAUCAAAAAUAUGACGAAGUCAUGGCCACUUACCUGCUCCUGGGAAGAAAAGCCCCGGAGUUCGAAGGGAGCGAGCCUCUGGCUAACAGCAUCCUGGGUCAGCGACAGCGGCCGACCAGUGACAUCAACAACAGCUCCAGCAUUUCUCCCGCCCAUCCCAAGGUCACGCGCAGCAUCUCGACCAAUCAGAAGCAGCGCCGCUACAGUGAUCAUGGUGGGGAUGAUGAUGAUGGUGGUGGUGGUGGUGGUGUCGUAGAGAAGCCAAUGGGUCCGUCUGUGCCGCCGGCGGUAUCGUAUACAAAGCGUGGCCAGGCUUUGAGCGUGGAAAGUGACCACAGGGAGGAGUGGGACGGAGCGCGCCGGCUAGAGCUCAGCACUUCAAAAGGAGACGUUCCUGCCUCACCCCUGGGGGUGCAGGAGAGGAAGAAAACCACAAGUGCUGUGGGGACCAACGGGUCUAUGACUCGCAGGAACACAUACGUGUGUGAGCGAUCCUCCACUGACCGCUAUUCAGCUAUUCCCAAUGGCAAAGACAGCAGUUUAACCGAGGUGUCAGGGAGUACCCCGUCGACUGCAAUGAGCUCCACACGACCUCGUCACACCAAGUCUAUGUCAUCAUCAGGGCAUCCUUCAAAGAGCACACUGCCCCCCAUCGAUGACAACACAGAGCUUAAAGCCAGCUCGUCUCCACGCGGCCCCUCCACCUCUCCGUCUGCACACAGUAUUAGCACCCCAGAGAAGAACCGUUUCCCCCGUGGUACCACCAGUCGCAGCACUUUUCACGGAGCCCAGCUCAGAGACCGCCGCAGCGCCACCUACAACGGACCUCCAGCUUCACCCACAUUGUCUCAUGAUACGGGGGCUCUCGCUCAACAACGCAGGGGCACCUCUACAGGGAUCAUUAGCAAGAUCACCUCCAAGUUUGUCCGCAGAGCUCUGUCUUUCAGGUCGACCCAGAGGGUACCUAGUGAGGGAGAGGCCAGUGCCAGGACAGAAACACCAAGGAGUGCGUCUGGUGACACUAAGGAGGACGGCAGUCGGGAUUCAAAGCCUCGCUCCCUGCGUUUCACCUGGAGCAUGAAGACCACCUCCUCCAUGGAGCCCUCGGAGAUGAUGAGGGAGAUCAGAAAAGUCCUGGACGCCAACAGCUGCGACUACGAGCAGCGCGAGCGCUUCCUGCUUUUCUGUGUCCACGGCGACGCUCGCCAGGACAAUCUGGUCCAGUGGGAGAUGGAGGUGUGCAAGCUGCCCCGCCUUUCGCUCAACGGCGUGCGCUUCAAGAGGAUAUCGGGCACGUCCAUCGCCUUUAAGAACAUCGCCUGCAAAAUUGCCAACGAGCUCAAACUGUGACAGCAGAUGGAGCCCCAGUCAGUCUUUUCUCUGGUCGCAGUCUCAUCUCAUCACUGGAUUAGUGUCGACUCGCAGGACAAAAUUCAGCACUGACGGUCCUCGCCAUGCAGUAUCAGGGUGGACUCGGCUGGUAAACGUGCAAUACUGGCCACGAAUGUACUGUACAGGGUAGUGGAUCAGAGAGAUAUUGCAAAGUUUAACGUCUGUGACGGAGAGAUAGCAAAAAAGAAAACAUUAAAAAAAAUAACAGCUAACCCAGCUUUUUUUUUUUCUCCUUCCGUCCGGCCCUCUGUCUCUCUCUUUCUCUCUCUCAUCGGCCCGCUGCUCCACGUCAGAAGACGCAUUUAUGUAACACAUGCAGUAUGCAACUGAAGAUGACCAUCCUGCAAUAAUGUUUUCAGUCUUCUUUUUCUAAACGCCUACUACAAGAUCUACUCUCCUCGCUGAAUAACCAUUAAACUUACCGUAUGCUAAACUAGACGCUUUUCCACCUGUGUUAAGUCAGUAUAUAGAUCAGGCUGGAGCCCAUAUGUAAAAAGAGAAUUGUACUGUAUGCAUAACAUCUGCAGGUACUGUAUUGUACUGUAUAUUAAUUUAGCGUUCUGUACAGACUUUUAUUGUUAAUACUGUCUUUUUUUUUUCUUUUUUUUUUCAUGGGAUUUGAGUUCUUUCCUAAUAUAAUUGAUGUCUCUUGGAGCAUUAAUCUUUCACUCUGUUUUUUUUUUCUCUUCUCUUUUUUUUCUUUUUUUUAAGAGCCACCAUAUGGAAAUAGUGUUUUCAAUUUUAUUUAAAAAGCACUAAAUUAUUUUGUGGAAAAUUGAGGGAUUUGUUCCCUUGCCUUUUAUGUUAUAUUUUUUUGCCUAUGGAAAAAAAACACUAAGUUGCACCACAUAGACUUGAGUAGUAAGUUCAGUUAAAACUGAAAUUGUGUUCACUUUAUUUUCUCUCGGCAGUAGGUUGGUGAUUUGGGGGUCCUGCUGCAAUUGCACAACUUUUCCAGGGUGAUGUGUAUGAACAUGAGAGUAUGCACCUGUAUUUCUUUGAUGUUAGUUUGGUAGUCCUCAAUUGCGAAGAAAAAAAAAACAGCAGGGUUUAAAUUGGUUUACUUUAGAAAGCGCCUGACAGGAUGAUACAUGACGUGCUGAUCGCUACGACGAGGCAUUUUAUUUUUUCUUUGAUGGAGCCUUUCUAAAGAGCCUGAUUUAGUCCUGCCACCAGUGUGAUUGUGCAGGUACUUGUGUAUCUCCUUGCUUGUGUGUUAAUUUUCUUUCUUUCAUUUUUUUUUUUUUUUUUUAAAUUUCAGCGGAUUUUAUUGUAUUUAUUCCAUUACAUUGUAAUGUGCUGCUUUGUAGAUUUGAGGCGUGCACUUUGUUGGAGAAAAUAAAAAGGAUUUUAUUUGUUUGUA